AUGUCUAACGUGUUUUUCGACGUCGAAGUUGACGGCCAACCAUUGGGUCGUAUCGUUUUCAAGUUGUACAACGAUGUUGUGCCAAAGACUGCAGAAAACUUCAGAGCUCUAUGUACCGGUGAAAAGGGCUUUGGUUACAACGGCUGCCCAUUCCACAGAGUGAUUCCAGACUUCAUGCUGCAGGGUGGUGACUUCACCCACGGCACUGGUGUCGGUGGCAAGUCGAUCUACGGCGGCAAGUUCCCAGAUGAGAACUUUGUCAAGAAGCACGACAGACCAGGUUUGCUUUCGAUGGCCAACGCUGGUCCAAACACCAACGGCUCCCAAUUCUUUGUCACAACCGUGCCAUGCCCAUGGUUGGACGGCAAGCACGUCGUUUUCGGUGAAGUCACCGAAGGCCAAGACGUGGUCAAGAAGAUCGAGUCUCUCGGUUCCCCACACGGUACCACCAGAAGCCGCAUUGUGAUCGCCAAGUCCGGUGAAUUGUAA